AGAUAAUGGCAUCACGCUAAAAUAAGUAAAGAACCAGUUUCGCACAGGAUGCAUACUGUAGCACUAAACAAGUUUUGUUCCUUUUACCUAGGUCUGAGACAAAGAUGAUUGGUUAUUCAAUGAUUCAGCACUGUCAACUCUUCACUCUCUGACGAAACAGCUUUAUCCACCUCAACGUUAAGGGUACUCCUUUAAAAAAUCAUACAAUUUUAGGCAUGGAGGAAGAAUGGGAGACAGAAUUUGCCAACCUGUGCCUCAGCUUGUCCAUGGACGAAGCAACGAAACAAGAUGCUAUCGAUAAAUAUCGAUCUGCUCAAGAUUUUAACCUGGAUGGCAAGCCAAUUUACUGGCUAGCGUGUGCUCUCUACGAUUCCUGCUUCUCCCGACAACUGGUGACCAUCAGUGGUGAAUCACAGAGAGGAAACUACAUUUCCUUCACUCAACUUCUCAAGACAAUUGGGCUCUCGUUUGAGGAUUUUGUACAUAAAUAUUUGGACGUUUGGCAGAUAACAGCUAACAGAACUGACGACUUUCGCACUCAUGUUGAGAGUCUCAGGAGAAGGUGGAUAGUAACGUCACAGAUAUACAACAAAUACAAGCAGAUAUUUGAAGCUAUUGGGAAAUCCCUUCCAGACUCCAACUUCCGUAUCAAACGGAAAGCUCGCAGAGAAGUGACCAGCACUGAACUUUACAAGUUUAUCUGGACGUUUUACUGCAACGUGAAGGCAGCAUUUCCCAACUCAAUAGAUGAGGUUGUGUCCUCGAGUUUGCUCCUCUGCGCUGUAACUGAUUACUGUUUCCACGAAGUUUACCUGUCCGAACCCACCCUUCUCACUGAAGAUGGCAGAAAUGCUUUCAAGCAGUCAGAGAACCACUCUAUCAUCGAUCGUAUGUGUAACGACUUUGUUAAAAUGGAAUCAACUGAAGCUAAGAGAAUCAGAGACUACCACUUGAAACCACUGCUGAAACAAUAUUUCAUCAAGGGAGUUCUAAAAGCGGGUCUUGAGAACGACAGAGGAAUAUUCGAAGCCUCCGUUUUCGACUCAAACCACAAAUCUAUCAACAACGAGUACGACGCGUACUUCCUGAAGCAGGGAGAGUACGACAACAGAUUGUUCCUGGAAACUGUCAUCCCUCCAACUAGAUCUAUCGGAGACAGGACUCCUUCUAAACUUGCUGUAGUGCAUCGUACACCCAGCGAGCUGAGUCACAAGGUUAAGAGAAACCUGCUGAAGCAGCUCGAACAGAGUAUGAUACCUCAGACUCCACUUUCUAACAGGAACUAUCUUCCCUCCAAGACUGAGGAGGAUUUCAUCAAGAGAACUCCCAUAUCGGAACAGGCUGAUAUCUUAAACAGAUUGAACCUUCUUAUUUUAAAUUACAGAACCGAACCCAGUCCAGAGCUCGAGAAGAUCUUGAGAAAAUUCGACCCGAAGAUCCGAGAGGACAUCAUGAAGAUCCAAAAGAUGCUGUCAGACAAAUUUAUAGAAGCUUACUCCAACGGCGAGCAAAAUGCUCUGGUGUUUGCGGAGGAGAAGCUUGAACAUGGUGUAAAACUUUUCUACAGAAUGUUUGAACUGAUCGUUAUCAGUGAAGCUGAUCGACGCUGUUCUGACAUUGCUCUUAAGAACAUUGUCUCCAACGUCGACUUCAUAUCUGCGACUUUUGUAAUCUCUCUUGAGAUUGUCCUGAACUCUUACGGCUCUAGUGAUCGCAAAUUCCCUUGGAUACUGAAUGCUCUUGGUUUACAUUCCUUCAUGGUGGGCAAAGUGAUUGAGACAAUCAUCAUGCAUGACACAGGUUUAUCUCGGACGAUAAUAAAGCACUUGAACACGAUUGAGGAGACAAUGUUAGAAACCAUGGUUUGGGCUAAAGACUCACCCCUCUACGAUCAGUUAGCAGAAUGCAAUCCUCCCCGGCCACCCAGAUACGAAGACGUUAAACCCUCCAAGGGAAUGGGUAACCAGACCCCAACACUCAGGAUUCCCUCCGGUGAAGGAUACAGAUUCGCAACAAUGAACAGUUCCUCAAAUCUGAUAGAUAGGAAGCGGGGCUUGACCCCUCUCUGCAGCACUGGCAGUCCCUUCCAGCACAUGGACAAGAGACACACAGCUGCACAACCUAAUCUCAAGAUAGCUAUGCCUACGUUCGCUCCACCUGUAGAUACUUCCUCCAGCACAACCAGAGAGGGUGCUCAGACCCCCGUCUCUGCUCUUGCUACAAACAUGGACACCAUGGGUGUAAUGAGUCCCCCUCCUCGACCCCUCUUCCGCAAGUCCUUGCAGAUGUUCUUCAGGAAGACCUAUAACUUGGUCUCACUUCGGAUCAGGAACUUGGUUGAGAAGUUAGACCUCGCCCCCGAAGUCUUGCAGAAGAUCUGGACGGUAUUCGAACAUGCCAUGACAAAUCAUGUGCACCUCUUCCACGACCGCCAUAUCGAUCAGAUUAUGAUAUCUUCCACUUAUCUGAUAGUGAAAGCGGAGGAUCUAAAGAUAACCUUCCGCCAGAUAAUCGAAUGUUACAGACAGCAGCCCCAGGUUCAGAACAAACAAUACGUCUACAGAAAUGUGCCCCUGGAGACCAGACCACUUCCCCAGACUCUAAUGUGUUCCUGUAAGAGCAAAGUCAGCGAGGAAGCGACAGAACGAGGCGACAUUAUCAAGUUUUACAACACCGUCUUCAUCAAUCACAUAUCUAACUUUAUCAAACCAGCAGAGGGGCAGGGAGGUAAGCUAAACCUCUCCGCGCCCGGAUCCCCCAUGCCUCACAUCUACACCCUGACGCCGGGUAACGUGUUCUCACCUAGACGUAUAGACUCACACAAUCUCACAGUCUCGCCUAAGAAGACAUCUUCUAUCAAACCUUAUGUGUUUGGGGAGAGUCCUACCAAAGAUCUAGAUGCUAUGAAUGAACGAGUUCACAACAUCAACACCAGAGGCCAGCAGAAGAGGAUGCUCUUCAAGAACGACGAGGAGCAGAAGAAAUCAGAGAAAGUCAAAAAGUCAGCAGCAUUCCUGCAGUACGAUAAUUAAACUUUGCUCAAUUGAUUUCGACCAGAACUGCUUUUCCGACGGACCAACUUUUAGAUUUGGAAGGAUGACUCAAAAAUUUUCAGUGGGAUGAAAAUAAUGCUAUAAAAUGAUAAAAAGUUAUAACAACCUCUAGCAUGAUAAGAUCAUUUUAAUGAUACACAUUUAUUCAGUGUUCAAGCUUUUUAAAAGUUUAAAACCGUGAUCAGGUAUAACUCAGAAAUUUAAAAUUCAAGUUAACAAAAAAUUAGUAUAUGAUUGAUUCAGAAUAAGGGGUAUAACGCCGUUAUACUAACUACUACGCUCAAAGUUAACAAUGUUGUUAAUCCGUAAUAUAUUAUCUGUUGUUUUGGGGAUGUGUUUUCGUUAUUUUUAUUAUUUUGACUGAAGGUUUCAUUGGCGGAUAGUUUGUUUUGAGUAUGAAAAUUAUGAAUUCUGAUCAUUAUAGAUGAGUAUUGACAUAAUAUUAUAUGUAUGAAAUUUUGUUACGCUUAAUGUAAAUUUAAAGACCUAAGUAUAUUUGCAUUAUAAUAUGUUCAUAAUUUCAUUAUCUAAUCCAGCUUGAAAAUUGGUUUAAAAGCUAUAUUUGCUGUGAAAUUACGUGCUGAAUUUUUAUUCCUUGUGUAAGGCUGAAGUUUCUUUUCUUUAAAUUGAUUUUUCAGUUUAUUAUUUUUAACCAAAAGCCCUAACAUCCAAAAAUGAUAAUUACUAAAUUUUGCAAAAUUUAGAUCAACAGGUCUUGCUUAAAGUUACAAUUUUGAUUAAAAAUCACAUAAUAUAUGAUAAGUUAAGGGUAAUGUUACCCAUUUCCGUUGUUAACUUGAAGCAUUUUCAGAGUUUAAAUUCAUUAUUGUACCACUUAUGAACAAUGUUUUGUGUUUGUAUUACAUAUUAAGAUCUACUCGAUAUAUCCAUGAUAAAUCCAUGUUUGUGUUACUUGAGUUACUAUUCUCUCAUUUAAAGCCAUAAUUACCACGAUUAAUCCCUCAAAAUUAUUAUAAUUAUCUAAACACAGAAAAAUUAUCCCUACUAAAAGUCCUGAUGAAACCGUGAAAUUUGCAAACU